UACUGUUGUCUUUUGGAAGAAUUUCCGGACCACUGCAAGUCGGCCUUGAGUAUCCUGUCCAGUGUUGUCCGCAGCUUCGAACCUCAUGAAGCUGUACUUGCCGUUUUUACUGGCGAAAAGAGGUCUGAACAGGAGCUCUUGCACGCCCUUGUUUCCUGCCUUACUCUGGCUGGUCUCUACUCUCCAUCUACUGCUGAGGUUGGCGACCAUAGCCCACUUGAUGCGGAAGCCGACACUGAGUGCAGUCAGGUCUUUACGGACGCUUGGCUUUGGCCAGCUGAUCUCAGCGAGGACCUUACAUCGGUGGGUUUGAUGUCAGGCUGUGCACCUCAUCCUGCCCUCCAGACGGCUCGUCUCUGCGCUGCUGUUCCCACCCUACCGGUCGACUGGGAUUUUUCACAGUCGAACUGGGAACUGAUGGCCUCUCUCCCAAAAUCUCAAGUAACUGCUGGCGAGAUGCCGAGUUCUGUUUCUGCCGACGGUGGUCGUAUCUGGUUCCCUCGUGAGUUUAUUCCUAAGCCUUAUUACUUGGAGUCUACUCAGCCUGACGCAUGUGUAUGCAUGCACAUUUAA